AUGGCUAAGAAAUCCCGUAAACCCACCACUGCUGUGCGAGAGCGCCCCCCGAAAGAAGACCGCACACCGCUGCCAAAGGACGACGCCGAGCUCGAGCUCGAAAAGCUCGUUUUCGGCGACCUAUCGGGCUUCCAGCAGAGCCUGCGCGAGAACGCGGGUGCGCUUGAGAAGUACUAUUCUUCCGACGACGAGGGGGGUGACGAUGCUGUAGAGGGGGGAGCAGAAGAAGGUGUGGGCGGGCCUGGGGAGGACCUGGCGGCGUUGGCGGAUGAUGAGUUGUUUUUCACGGAUGCGGGCUUGGGACCUGGCGCGGGGACGAUUGCGGUUCGUGGUGAGGACGAGGAGGGUGCGGAGACGGCGGGGGUGGAUGUGGAGGGCGGGGAGGCUGUGGCGGCUUGGGUGGAUAGCGAUGAUGAGCGCCUGACUAUCUCACUUGCGUCUGUUAACCAGCGCCGCAAGCUGCGGGAAACCGAGAUGGACGACUUCGUCAACGGGCACGAAUACUCACGGCGAUUGCGGCGCCAGUUCGAGCGAGUCUACCCCAUCCCCGACUGGGCCAGGCCCCCCUCCCCCGAGCACAAGCGCCGGCGCCGCGACUCGUCCAGCAGCUCCUCGGGCUCCGAUAUGGACAUUGACGACGACAACACCGCCCUCACCGCGCCGCCGCUCUCCGACUUCCUCCAGAGCACGCAAAACUGGACCAGGCCUGCAGCCAGCGGCAAGCUCAAGCCCGAGGUCCUCAACAUUGCGCGCCUCACUGACGCGAACCACAGCGGUGGCUCCCAGUCCGGCAUCAAUGCGCUGCACUUCCACCCCUCGCACCCGCUGGUCCUCUCGUCCGGCUUCGACUCGACGUUGCGCCUGCACCACAUUGAUGGCAAGGUCAACCCCCCGGCGACGUCGCUGCAUAUCCGCCGCACCCCGAUCAACAGUGCCUGGUUCCACCCAGACGGGAAGCGUGUCUUUGCCAGUGGCCGCAGAAGGUACUUCCAUGUGUGGGACCUUGAGUCGGGCGCCGUCGAGAAGGUGACCCGAGUGUACGGGCAUCAGGAGGAGCAGAAGAGCAUGGAGAGGUUCAAGCUCUCUCCCGAUGGCCGCUUCAUGGCCAUCCUCGGCUCGAAAGGGCGCGUCAACAUUCUCGACGCCAAGACCCUACAGUGGGUUGCGCUGGCCGCCGUCGAGGGGCGGGUCCAGGACGUUUCAUGGUACCACGAUGGGUCCGGGCUGACGAUUGCGAAUAAGGGCGGCGAGCUGUGGGAGUAUGAUGUUGUGGCGCGCGCAUUCACGGCCCGGUGGAGAGACGAGGGAGGGUUUGCAACGACGGUGGUGGCGAACGGCGGUAGUAGGUGGGUGGCGGUUGGUUCCCAGAGCGGUAUCGUCAACAUCUAUGACCGCAAGCUCUCGUUUGGUGGGAAUGCGGUGGGCGCGGUGGGGACACCGGAGGGGCCAAAGCCGAUGAGGGCUAUGGAGCAGCUGGUGACGGCGAUCAGCGUGCUGGAGUUCUCGCCGGAUGCGCAGGUGCUCUGCAUGGCCAGUCGGGGGAAGAAGGAUGCUCUGAGGAUGAUCCAUCUUCCCAGCUGCACGGUAUACAAGAACUGGCCCACCAGCAAAACGCCGCUGGGCAAAGUCACGACCGUAGCCUUUGCCGGCAAGGAGACGGGCAUGGUGGCCAUCGGGAACGAGGCAGGAAGUGUAAGACUAUUUGAGAUCAAGCCCUAG